GCGUGCUAUGGAUGGGUGUUGCCAUCUUGACCAGUGAACUGAGAUAAGGCGGAGCUUUACCUAGCAUGGACUUGUAGAUGACCUGGAGCCAGUGGGUCUGGCGACGAAUAUGUAGCGAGGGCCAGCCGACUAGAGCGUGCGUACAAGUCGCAGUGGUGGGUGGUAUAAGGUUCUUUAGUGACAAAACGGAUGGCACAGUGAUAAACCGCAUCCAGUUUGCUGAGUAGAGUGUUGGAAGCAAUUUUGUAGAUGACAUCGCCGAAGUCGAGGAUCGGUAGGAUAGUCAGUUUUACUAGGGUUCGUGUUGGCGAAUAGACUACAGUCAAUCAUUUCAGAGGUAGGAGUCCAGUAGGGAACGAAAUCUGGUCUCACAUUUGAUUCUCUCUGGACCUGGGACAUUCAUUAUGAAACUUGGAGUGAGACUGUGUGUGCUGGUGGUGUUCUCUCUCCAGCUUUGGGCUCCAGGACAGGGGCAGGAGCUGGAGCCAGAGCAGGUCCUGGCGUUCUGUGAUGACAAAGAUGUGGAGGCAGCUGUGGACUUGGCCCUAGUCAAGUAUAAUGAGAAGCUUCCUUUUGGAAAUCAACUAGCACUCUACCAGAUUCUGGAGUCCUCAAAGGCUCAGAAUGACUCAUGCACUCAGUACUUUGUGGAAUUCAAUAGCAGGGUCACUGACUGUCCAGCAGUAGGAGACAAAGUCUGGAGAGACUGUGACUACCUCCCCACCGGGAACAAGGUGCCAAGGCCUUGUAAGGCAACAGUCCACAUGUCAGAGACAGAUAAAAAGGUCCUGGCAGUUUUCUGUGACCCAGUGGAGGCCCCUGUUGUUGCUGAACGCUCCACAUGUCUGGGGUGUCCGAGGGAGAUUGAUGUGGACAGUGAGGACCUGAAGGAUCCCUUGACAUACUCCAUCACCAGGUUCAAUGCUGAUUCUGACUCCAGCCACCACUUCAUCCUGAACAGUGUUGGUUUCGCUACUAGACAGGUGGUUGCUGGAUUCAGGUAUAGACUGAUGUUCGAUAUGAGGAAAAGCAAUUGCUCCAAAGCGGACCACAAAGAGCUGAACGACGAAUGUCAUCCAGAUGCUGAUGUGGAACUCGCUCACUGCAAUUCCACUGUAGAUGUGGCACCUUGGAGGCAUGAGACUGCAGAAGCAAAUGUGGAAUGUGCACCGGGCCCCCUUGACAAUUUUGAAGUCUUUAGAAGAAGACCUCCUGGAUGGUCUCCCUUGAGGAACUUCAACAAUUUUGCUGAAGUUAAAACAACCCAAGCUUCUACUGCUUCAGCCAAAGAGGAGUCAUCAGAGGAGUCUCAGGAGCGCAGCCCGACUGCUGUGACCAUGGCUAACACAGACCCAGAGCCAGCCCUGCCCUCUGUGGCCCCCACCACUGCUGCUGAGAGCCCCUUCCACUGCCCCUCCAAGCCCUGGAAGCAGUUUGUCCCCCCAACAACCCAGAGGCCUGCACAGGACAAAAGCACAACACCUUUGCCAGUGGUAGAGGAGGGCUUAAGUGAUUUAAUCUAGCAGUGAAAAAAACAAGUGCACGCUGUAUAGUGCAUUUGUAUCAUAAGCACAUCUGCUGAUUUGAAAUGAAAAAUUACCAAGCUUUUAUAACUCUCUCUGACAAUGCAGUUCAAACUUGCUUUCGUAUUCCUUCAAAUUUGUAAAAGUGCAUCUAGACUGUUUAGCCAUUUGAUACAAAAAAAAACAAAUAACUAAAAUAAUUCAAUUGUGCUGGGUGCUGUUGUUCUGUAAAGCAACACACAAUCCACAAAUGCAAGUACUUAACUGAGAAGUUUAUUUGUACACUGUCACAUAACACUCAAAUAAUUCUAGUCAGUCUGGAUACAAUGCAAGUAUUUAACCGAGGAACAAAAACUGAAACACAAAGUAUACUGUAUUUAAUAAUGCAGAUGUCACUGGUUAGAAGUAUUAUUAGUUGUUCCUAUAGCGUCAAACUUUCUUUACAGCUGUUUAUCAGAAUGACUAAAAUAAUAUUAUUUUAACCAACUCUCAUGCAAGAUGACUGCGUAAUAAAUACAAUCAUAGUAGCAUGGUUGAUAGUAAUGACAAAAUACAGUAUAUUAAAAAUAUAAUUCAAUAUGUCUAUAAACCUAAAAGUACUGUAUUAAAUAAAGAGGAGUAACAAAGAUGA